UAAAGUUCCCUCAAUAUACAAACCCCUCCUUUCUCAAUAACCUUUCUCUCUCUCUCUCUCUCUCUCUCUCUCUCUCUCUCUCUCUCACAGCUUUAAACACCAAAAAUUCCCAUAUUCCUUAGAAGAAAAAUAUUUAAGUUUAAUGCAUAUAUAUAUAUAUAUAUAUAUAUAUAUAUAUAUAGUUAUCUCAAAUCCAUUAUUAUUUUCCCAUCAAAAUUUCACAUUUUGUUGUUCUUCUUCUCUUGUUGAUCUUGAUCAUCCAUCUUCCCCAUAAAAUUUGUAGAGCUCAAACUUAAACACAAAUGAUGGCUGGAAACCCUAAUUGGUGGGCUAUGUUUCCACCUUCUUCUUUCAAUUCUUUUGCUGAUCAUCAACCUCAAUCUUGGAGCCAACUUCUCUUAGGAGAUGAAGAUAGGGUUUUGAACCAAACCCAAAUGAGUCAUUAUCAACCAAAAAAGUUGGAGAAUUGGGAAGACCAAAUCUUGAACAAUAAUAACACCUCUUCUUCACAGUUUGAAGCCUCUAAUUUUGUUGAUAAUAUUAUUGUCAAGCAACAACUUCAUUCCACCAACAACAAUAUUCUUCACCCUACUUCCAUUUCUUCUCAUCAUACCAACAAAUUUCUCGACUUUUCUUCCCAUACUAACAACAACCAAGAUCACAACACCAACCACCUCGCUCUCCGUGCUGCUGGUCCCGAUCCCGACCACUCGUCGGAGUCGUCGAAAAACCACUCCGUCGGCGGUUCUACCGGUGGAGCGUGCAAGAAGGCUAGGGUUCAUCCACCAUCUUCCAGCCAACCACCUCUUAAGGUGAGGAAGGAGAAGCUUGUAGAUCGAAUUACUGCUCUUCAUCAAAUAGUUUCUCCAUUUGGAAAGACUGAUACAGCCUCUGUAUUGUCAGAAGCAAUUGGAUAUAUCAGAUUUCUUCAAGGACAAAUUGAGGCACUUAGUUACCCUUAUUUACAAAGUGCUCCAAAAGAUCCAAGGAAUUCACAACCUAUGGGAGAAGAGAUGAUGAAGAAUGAAGAUCAGAAGAGAUUAGUGAAGGAUUUAAGGAGUAAAGGGCUGUGCUUGGUGCCACUCUCAUGCACACACCUUGUUGGAGCUGAUCACCAUAGUAAUCAUAAUAAUAUCAAUAAUAAUAAUAUUAACAUUGCACCUCCAUAUUGGUCUCCUUUUUAAUAUAUAUUUCAUAUCAUCAACAUCAUCAUCGUCACUUUAUAUAAUUUCCAUUAUUAAUUAAUAUAUAACAUCAUGACCAGUCACCCCCCCUUCUCAAAACCCUAAAUUUGGGCUGACUGCUCAAGAUGCUAUAUAUUCGUAUUAGGGUUUAAAUUAUUGAUCUUAAAUGUUUUAAUGAAGUUUGUUUUUUUUUUUUUUUUUCCUUCUCUUGAUCUAAUUAAUAAAUUGUAGAGAUUAUUAUUGUUGUUAUUAAAGGCUAAUUAAUUUGGGUUUCCUUUUGUUGAA